AUGUCAUCUGCACAAAUCUAUCAGGUACCUGUUGUUGCCAAUGGUUUGAGAGAACCAGAGUCAAUUCUUCAGAUCGUAGAUGCUCUAGAUAAAUUGGAUAAGGUUUUCAAUGAUGUCUAUACUUCGAUUAGUGCACGUGUCACAAGAGAACGUUCAAGAAUCGAAAACGUUUCAAAUAGAUUAGAUAAUGCACAAUUUAGAGUAAAUCAAAUCGUUGGAAGUAAGAGUGCAAUCACUGUUUUCAGUUCUGCAAAGUAUCCCGCCAAUAAACAAUGGAUCGAUUAUUCACCGUUAUACACAGAUAAAGCACGUUCACCAUAUAAACCAUCUCAUUAUAAUCUGCAUGAUGUUACAACUAAACCACAAGAUACAUAUUUAGAAGUAAACGAUUUAGUUUUCAUUGAAAAGAGUAUUGAUGCUGCAUCGAAAGAGAUUUCUGUAAAGGAAGGUUUGGGUCUGUUACCACACCACAUUCCAUCGGUUUCCAACUUGUUGUUGUUCAACACUCAGGAGAAUCCAUACAAGAAAUACUCGAAUACUCUUGACAAUCUCUCCGGUAAGGAUGGAGAUCAGUUGCAAGUACUCGGUGAGAAGAAGGCAUUGCAUGCCGCACCUCACACCGUCGAGAAGGGUGACGUCUUGCCACAGGCCGACAGCAUGAAGGUCAACUAUCAACCAACGAUCAACCCAAUCGAUUUACCAAGCUACAACUUCCCAUCGGCACUACCACUGCCAAAUGUCGCUCAGAAUAUCACAUGGGCUGCCGAGCAGCUCGUUGGUAUCGCGCCGUCCAACCAGGUCGUCGCCGCCAACAUGCCAAUCUUUGACGGUUCCGCACCGGUUACCGCUGAUCCCAACGCUGCAACUGGCGGCGUUCCAUCGUCUGCUCCUCCACCCCCACCUCCAUCCGGCUCUGCACCACCUCCACCACCCCCCCCACAAGCUUUCAACACCAACGCACCACCACCUCCACCACCACCCGCUUUCAACAAUAGUGCUCCACCACCUCCACCACCUCCAGCCAGUCGUCCACCACCACCAUCGGCUGACGACGACGAUGAUGACGAUGACCAUGCUGGCGGUAACUCUGACGGUUCGGCAAUUGGUAAUCUUCUCGCUGACAUUCGUAAGGGUCACAAGAAUCGUUUGAAGAAGAUCGAAGAGAAAGGAUCGGACGACGAAGACGACGAACGUCCAGCUCCAACCAAACAAAAGGCAUCGACAGGUGAUGUCAUGUCCGAUCUCUUCCUUGCUCUCCAACGUAGACGUUCAAGUAUUGCAUCAACCAAAAAGAAAGCACCAGCAUCAAAGAAACAACAUGACUCUGAUGACGAUGAAGAUGGAUCAUCAGGUUCCGAAUGGGAAUAA